AUGCCGCAGUGCCAGCGGACGCUCCCGGUGUCCGCGCGGCUCCGCCGGCGCAUCCCCACGCGCUCUGUCCCGCAGCUCAUCGACCGCGCCACGAGCCCCCGCGACGAGGGCGACGCCAAGGCGGACGGCGGGGGCCUGCGGGACGCCUGGCCCGACCUGACCCUCAUCAAGACGGCGCCAGACCCGCCGAGGAAGCAGCGGCGCCAGGACCUCAGCCAGCCCCUGCCCUCGCCCGCGGGGCCGCCGGCGCCGGAGCCCAGGGACUGCUCCGCUCCUGCGGAGACUCCUCGGGUGGAAUCCAGCGCUGGGCGCUGCCUCACGCUGCAGGAGCGGCUGCUCCUGCACUACAGCAGCCGCGCGGCCGUGGCCGAGGAGCGGGCGGCCCUGGCGCAGCAGCUGGCCGCGGGCAUCUGCGCRGAACUGCAGAGCUUCCUGCGGGGCAAGUGCCCGGAGCUGCCCUUCGGCAGCCUCUUCCUCAGCGGCCCCUUGCUCGACGGCCUCGGGGCUCUCGCUGCCGACCGUGUCGACUUCAUGCUGCCCGUGGUGCUUGAUCCCGCGCUCUGGAGCCUCAUCCCGGGGGAGGAGACUGUCGUGAGGAAUCCCCGGUACUGGAUGAUCAAGAGGACAGGUCUGGAGUACUUCCCUCGCGGGCGCAGCCCCUGGGACAGGUUCAUUGUGGGCAGGUACCUCUCCUCCAACGCGCUCAAUGAGAUGCUCCACAAGAUGCUGGUGGCCUCUGUCAACUGGCCGGCCAUAGGCAGCCUGCUGGGGAGCAUCAUCCGGCCCGGUGUAGCCUCCGAGGAGCUGAAGCUGGAAGUUAAACACGAGCAGGUGGAGCUCAGUGUGACCCUUUUCCCAGUGGUGGAAAUGGAUGACAAGGUUCUUCUGGCCGCUCCUCCGGAAGGGCUGGUGGAAAACCUCUGGCUGGAGAGCUUUUACAGGGCAGAGGUGUCGCGGGUGAAGGAGCUGGACGCGGGCGACUGCGGGGCGAGGCAGAGCUGCCUCCGCAUCCUCAACGGGCUCUGCGAGAGCCACCCGUCGCUGCGCAAGCUGAGCGGCAGCCCCUUGACGCACGUCGUGCUCCACCUCGGCGCGGACUGGGCGCAGGAGAACCUUGCUGCCAGGUUCCAGCAGGUGCUCCAAGAGCUGGUGGGCUACCUGGAGAUAGGGGUCCUGCCUUCCUAUUUCAACCACAAAGUCAACCUCUUCUGCGGGCUGCUGGAGGAGGAGAUCGAUGAGAUGGGAUUCCUGCUCUACAGGGCUGUGUCGGAGCCAGAGCUCCUGCUGAAGGAGAAAUGACGGGUGCGUUGGGAGCUCCCGAGCGAAAGCUGCCACUCGUGUCUGCUGCUCCCUGCUGUGAGGGUUGCCAUGUUUCUAGUUGUCUAGUCAGCRAGAGGCCGAGUUCUUGCACUUUAUGAGCAAAAGUAUUGCCUGUCUGAAUAAAAUGUGCCUGAAAAGACACGGGUGAUGGCAUGAGGAGACUUUCACUGUGAGGUUCUGCCUUACUCGGGUCAAAUGCAGCCUACGCKUCUAGUAGCUAAAGGUGAGUCCAUCCACU